CCCCAACUUUCCACCGGCGUAGUGGAAACCGAGGAAGUGGGGAGGGCUAGCACUCCUCCGAAGCCUCCGUUUCCUCCACACCCCCACUCCUCGGAAGCACCGCCACAUCCGUAAAAAAUCCCAACCUAAGGCGCCGGGGCCCGAGACCUGGAGUGGAGGCUUGGGAAUCCGCUGAUCUCUACUUGCUGAGAAAGCACGCGCAGGUCCCCAAUGUCUCUGUCCCAUCUACACACUACGUUAGAGACUAGCCUGGGCUCCUUGAGAGUCUCGAAACAACAGCAAAUUGCUUCUCCGUUCUAGAAUCUGGCAAGUGGGGCUGGCUGGGGGCGUGGCUCAGAGGAUGGCAGAGGGUGGGCCUAGCGUCCUCAGCAUGGAAAAAGAAACCCAGGAGAUUCCGAUCCCCACGACCCAGGAAGGAGGAAAAUCCACCACCACCCCCUCCCCAACCCCCCACCUCCAGCCCAGGCUUCCGGGCUCCCACUCCGGCGCUAGAAGGGUUAAGGACGCCGCGGGCCGACUCGGAAACGGGACGCCACGCGCUGACGUCACCGCGCUCGCGCAAGGGAACCUUCCACCUCCCAGUUCCGCUCCGGGGCUCGCGCGGCAGGUGCCCCGCGCGGCGAAGCGCGGCGCCCGCGGAAUCCCCGCGCUCGGGGAAUUCCUGCCCGCCUGGGGUCCCUGCACCCGCGGUGCACUGGGAAAUCCCGGGGCGGGGCAGGUUCCCGCCGGCGCCGGACCUUCAGGACCCAAAUCUGCAACCAUUAACCGCACCUCAAGGAUGCAAUGCAGCCCCCUCGGAGGAAGGAGUCGGGGUCCCUCCAUCCUCCUACGGGAGGGACCCCAGGAUCAGGCCUCCCAGCCCUUGAACCCAAGCCCCCCACGAUUCCAGAUCCCCCUCUUAAUCUCCAGCGCGCCCAAGACUCACGAGUCCACUCCCAUCCGCUCCUGUUCAGCCAGCUCCCUUAAACACUGAGGAUCCCCGCAGCUUUCAGGGCACAGGUUAAUGCGCUCUUGCGCUCGGAAAGCGCUUUACCCCGGCCUUACCUCGCGGAUUCUUGGGUCCAGAUUGCGGGCCCCCAGGGCCGCGACCUCGGCGCUGCGCCAGCCUCGCUGCUUCCCCCGCGGAGCCGCCGCCGCCGGGUUCCCCGAUCUGCAACCAGGAUCCCCGCGAGUUUUUAAAUUGGGGUUUUGACCACGCCCAGUUCAAGGAGGACCCCGCCCACAGCCCUGGGAGUUCCCUGGUUUAACGCUAGAGCAAGCUUAGUCUCUGAAUGGGAGGGGCUGACCUUGAAGGGUCUGAUCACCUCAUCCCCAGGGGAGGAGGAUGCUAGGGGAAGAGGGGGGGAGGUUGGGUGCCUGGAAUUGAGUCUUUGGCCAAGGAGAUGCUGGAGCCCUUGACUUGGCCGUGCAUGGGCCAAGCAGUGCUGUUGGGUCCUGGGGGAGCGUCUGGACCCCAUGACUCCAGGAGAAGUUGUGUAGUUGGGUUGUAUAGUAUAGGGUUACAUAGUUGACUUAAAUCUCUCUCUCCUUAAA